UCAUCGUUGUAUAGAUCUCUGAGCUUAUAUCCAGUUCCUAUCCAAUCCCAAAUUCCAUUGAAUAUUGAAACUUGAAGCUUGAAGCCUCUUUGGCUCGGCCGAUGAAUUACACCACGUGCUGCUCACGUUGGACGCCCCGAAAGUAGCUGAGCCCAAGUAUAGCUUUACUACUGACUUACUGAGUCUUACUCUGUUUUUUUCUCCCUAUCUCUUUUACCUCCUUGUUAUCUGUCGCUAUGUCCGCUACGACAAUGCCAAGUAGCAGUGCACUUUCGCCUGGAUCCUCAUUGAUGUCUGUAUCACCGCCUUUAUUACCGUUAAAUUCGUCGAAUUCGCCCGACAAAUAUCGUGGCGCUGUUGUUGAAGACCUCCAACUCUCGCCUGCUUUUGCUCUACCCUUCACGGAACCAGUGUCGCGAGUCAUCGAGCUCGCGUAUGAUCGAGAUUUUUCACAUAUACCGGUUUUAAACAAGGAUCGGAGGCCAUUAGGUUACGUGGAGGUGUCGAAGCUGAAGCAACUUUGGGAAUCUGGCCAGGCAAAACCUAGCGACAAAGUUUCGCAGUACAUGAUCAAGUUCAAACGAACAAGCUCAGAACCAUAUACGCUGAUCACUCCGCUAACGUCGCUGAAUGAGCUAGAGCAGUUUCUACAGACAAAUAUCUUUGCGCUUGUGACUGAUUUCCAACGCAAAUUCGUCAUUGGCGUCGCUACAAUGCACGAUCUCGAGCAAUUUGUUAAUCGUCGUGGAUUCUGAUCGCCUUUGCCGCUUUGCCUUUCCCCCAUCGUGGGGCUUUCCAUAACGAUUCUAAAUAUUCAACUGAUAGGAUGUAUAUUAUAUGGGAUCUAUUGCGAGAUACUGAGAAGGGUGAUUUUUGAGAGCUUUGUAUGAGCAGGUAUGAGCACCAGAAGCUCAAGAAUUUGUCGACAAGUGACAAAAGGCUUAAGCUUGUGAAAGAAACAAGACCAAAGACCACACAGAUCUCACA